AUGGAAAACCUCGCGGAGAACGACAUGCUUGUCGACGACUAUGAUUAUCCGACCGAAAAGACCGACGUCGUCGUCGUGUCUCCCUCGGGCUCCGAGCCCGAAUCGGCAACCGCAGAUGACCACGCCGCAAUGAUGGCCAAGAUCCUCCCCAAGAACCCGGACCUCGAAAUCGCAGACGAGGUGGUCAGUACAUGGCGCUUGUCCGACUGGCGGAAAAUGGAGCGCAAGUCACACGGUCCGAUUUUCCAGUGUGGUGGUUUCCCUUGGCGAAUCCUCUUUUUCCCUUACGGUAAUCACGCCGAACAUGCCUCCUUCUAUCUAGAGCAUGCGUGGGAAGGCGAGCCUCCAGCGAACUGGUAUGCCUGCGUGCAGUUCGCUCUGGUGUUGUCAAAUGUCAAUGAUCCUUCGAUAUACGUGCCGCAUGUCGCAACCCACCGCUUCACCGCCGAGGAGGGUGAUUGGGGCUUCACCCGAUUUUACGACCUGAAGGGUCUUUUCACAGAUCCCUGGGAGGGCAAGAAUGUCCCACUGGUGCAGAAUGACGAGGCGAUCGUCACAGCCUACGUGCGCGUGGUGAAAGACCCGACGGGAGUUCUAUGGCACAGCUUCCAAAACUACGAUUCGAAGAAGGAGACUGGUAUGGUCGGAUUGAGAAACCAGGGCGCCACUUGCUACCUCAACUCGCUCUUGCAGUCGCUUUAUUUCACAAAUGCCUUCCGCAAGGCCGUAUACCAAAUACCCACUGACCAAGAAGCAUCGCGAGAGAACAGUGCCUGGGCCCUCCAAAGACUCUUUUACAACCUGCAGACGAACGAAACCGCCGUCUCAACGACCGAGCUUACCGCAUCCUUCGGCUGGCAAUCUAGCCAAAUUUUUGAACAGCAAGAUGUACAGGAGCUUUCACGAAAGCUCAUGGAGCGAUUGGAGCACAAAAUGAAGGGCACUGUUGCCGAGAAGGUUUUGCCAGAUCUGUUUGUCGGAAAGACCAAAACAUACAUUUCGUGCAUUAAUGUCGACUACGAGUCUUCCCGCGUGGAGGACUUCUGGGAUAUUCAACUGAACGUCCGAGGCAACAAGACUCUGGACGACAGCUUCAAAGACUAUAUCCAGGUAGAAACUUUGGAGGGGGAGAACAAGUACGAAGCCGGGGCGCCUUACGGUCUCCAAGAUGCCAAGAAGGGUGUUAUCUUUGAGAGUUUCCCACCGGUCCUACAUCUUCACCUCAAAAGAUUCGAAUAUGACCUCAACCUCGACAUGAUGGCGAAGGUCAAUGAUAUGCACACAUUCCCAAUGGAGUUUGACGCUGCCCCUUACCUGUCAGAAGGUGCAGAUAGGUCAGAGUCUUGGAUCUACCAGCUGCACGGUGUUCUUGUCCACAGUGGUAACCUUGAUGCCGGACAUUACUAUGCUUUCCUGAAACCCACAAAGGAUGGUCACUGGUACCGCUUCGACGACGACCGAGUCAACCGCGCAACCGAUAAGGAAGUUUUGGAUGAUAAUUAUGGAGACGCCCAGCAACGCACAAACGGAUCUGGAGGCCGUUCCGCUAUUCGCACAAACAACGCUUACAUGUUGGUAUACGUUCGAAAGACAAGGCAAGACGACGUCUUGUUCCCGGUCACAAAGGAUGACGUGCCGUCUCAUAUUGAGAAGCGCCUUUCCGAGGACCGGGCUGAGAUGUUGCGUAAGAAAAAGGAGAGAGAAGAGGCUCAUCUUUACAUGAACGUUGGCGUCCUGGGCGAUGAGAAUUUCAAAAACCACCACGGAUUUGAUCUGACUAGCGCCGAUCUUCCCGCGGAGGACCCAGCACUCCCCAAGCAAUACAAGGUCCUUCGUUCCAAGAAGGUUAGCGAGUUUGCACAGGAAAUUGCCCAGGAACAGGGUCUCAAGGCUGAUGCCGUUCGAUUUUGGGUCAUGGUCAACCGCCAAAACAAGACAACCAGACCUGACCAAGUCAUUCGUGAUCAAGACAUGACUCUUGAUGAAGCAUACAGCAAAUUCGGUACUAAGGGUCAUGUUUUCCGCGUCUGGGUGGAAGUGGCACCUGCAGGCCCGGAUGGCCAGCCUGCUUCGUGGCCUGACAACGACUCAAUCCUGAUUUUCUUGAAGAACUUUGAUGUUGUAUCUCAGAACCUGGCUGGUGUCGGCUCUGUCUAUGUCCGCAAGAGUCAAAAGGUGAGCGAGCUGGCUCCAACAAUCCUUUCUCGGAUGGGAUGGCCUGCCGGAACAGAUUUCCUGCUCUUCGAAGAAAUCAAACACAACAUGAUCGACGCCAUGAAACCCAAGCAGACCUUCCAGCAAUCUGAGAUCCAGGAUGGCGACAUUAUCACCUUCCAACGCUCACUCAAAGACUCCGAAGUACCUGCUUCGGCACUUUACACCGAUGCGCGUCAAUUCUAUGAUUAUCUGCUGAAUCGCAUGGAAGUCACCUUCGCCCCCAUCAAGACUAACGAGGGUGAUGAGUUCACUUUGGCUCUCAGCCGCAAGAUGACCUAUGAUCAGUUUGCCCAGAAGGUUGGCGAGCAUCUUCAAGUGAACGCCACUCAUCUUCGAUUCGCACCCGUCAUGGCCAGCACUGGCAAGGCUAAGCCCUUCCUCAAGCGGACCGUUGGUCAGAAUCUUUCUCAAAUCCUGACUGGCCAGUACGGCGCCUAUGGGUACACCAUGCAUCGACAAGAUGCUUUAUACUACGAGAUCUUAGAUAUGAGUUUGAGUGACUAUGAGAGCAAGAAGUGCUUCAAAGUGACAUGGCUACCAGAUGGAGUCAGCAAGGAGAAUGUUGAGGUUCUGGUGUCUCGCAGCGGCACAGUCGUGGACCUGCUUUCUGCGCUUCGACAAAAGUUGGAUCUCGGUGAUGAGCCGAUCCGGGUUGCCGAAACCCACAGCGGGAAGGUUUACAAGGAGCUUCGGGAGGACCAGAACGUGCUGGCCAUCAACGAAUACGCCACACUCUAUGCUGAGAAGAUCCCUGCCGAGGAGCUGAACCUGGAAGCAGAGGAUCGUGUGAUCAGCACCUUCAGCUUUGAUCGCGAGCCCAACCGCACUCACGGCAUCCCCUUCAAGUUCGUUGUGAAGGGUGGUGAGCUCUUCUCUGAGACCAAGAAGCGACUCUCAGCACGCACACAGAUCAAGGGCAAGAACUUCGAAAAGAUCAAGUUUGCCGUCGUUCCCCGCGCAUCAUUCUCCAACCCCAAAUAUCUUGAAGAUGGUGACAUUUUGUCUGAUGUAGCAGGUGGCCCUGAUGACUUCCUGGGUCUUGAUCAUCCCAACAAGAACCGAAGCUUCUGGGGUAAGAGCGAUGGAUUUUCCAUUCGGUAA